GCCGCCCUGUUGUUUUGAUGAAUAAUACUUGGUGGGGCGAGGGGGUAAGAGUAGGGGUGGAGGGGUAGGAGGAUUUACUGUUCCAGCCAGAGCAUCGCGGGUCCCGUCCUCCCCCUCCCCCCUGCCCGGGCGCCAGCGUGGAGGCGGGGCGUGGCCGGCUUGAUUUGGGAGGGGAGGGGCUUCCCUCAUCAGUGCUGGGCUCUGCCUGGGUGGCUCUGGGGUCGCCUUACCUCGGGCAUCCACUCUGCAGUCGAACAGUUCCCGCCAGGGGCCAAGGGUAGGAAGGAGAGCAGGAUCUGCUGGAGAAAGCGCAGCUGCCGCGCCACCUCCGCGAAGACACUGCAGGCUCGGGGCACGAGACGCGCUGGAGACCGAGCUCGCCAGUCUGGGUAACCUGGGAAGCAGAGGGUAAUAAGUGGCGCCUUAAGAUAGCCCUGUAGCAGCAGCGGUGGCCGCCAAAGGAGGGUGCUCAGGGCACAAGCAGCUGUAGAAGUCUUUGGGGCGAUUGGAGUGACCGAAGCCAAGGCAGUUCAGUGCCUCUCGUGUUCUUAUUUUUUAACCUCUGACUAUGCAAUUCUGAAACCUCCCCCAUUCGGGGGGACCAGACAGCCCGAUAGACACCUUCCACUCUCCUCCCGCCCUGGUCUCAAGAACAGAAGGAUCUCUCUCUAACGCCUUUCACCAUUAAGAGGAAAGCGAUGGAGGAGCUGAGCGCUGAUGAGAUCCGACGGAGGCGCCUUGCACGACUCGCCGGUGGACAGACCUCCCAGCCGACCACCCCGCUCACCUCUCCCCAGAGGGAGAACCCUCCCGGGCCUCCGAUAGCAGCAUCCGCCCCGGGCCCCUCCCAGAGUCUUGGUCUCAAUGUCCACAACAUGACCCCAGCUACCUCCCCAAUAGGUGCAUCAGGAGUAGCCCAUCGAAGCCAGAGCAGUGAAGGAGUCAGUUCUCUCAGCAGCUCGCCCUCCAAUAGCCUUGAAACGCAGUCUCAGUCUCUCUCACGCUCCCAGAGCAUGGACAUCGACGGUGUCUCUUGUGAGAAAAGCAUGUCCCAGGUGGAUGUGGAUUCAGGAAUUGAAAAUAUGGAGGUUGAUGAAAAUGAUCGAAGAGAAAAAAGGAGCCUCAGCGAUAAGGAGCCUUCAUCAGGUGCUGAAGUGUCAGAAGAACAGGCCUUACAGCUGGUCUGUAAGAUCUUUCGUGUCUCCUGGAAGGACCGGGACAGAGAUGUCAUCUUUCUUUCUUCUCUUUCCGCACAAUUUAAACAGAACCCAAAAGAAGUGUUCUCUGAUUUUAAGGACUUGAUUGGCCAGAUUUUAAUGGAAGUGCUAAUGAUGUCCACUCAGACUAGAGACGAAAACCCCUUUGCCAGCCUGACAGCUACGUCACAGCCCAUCGCAGCGGCAGCUCGGUCACCAGACAGAAACCUCCUGCUAAAUACCGGCUCCAACCCAGGAACAAGCCCCAUGUUCUGCAGUGUGGGUUCCUUUGGGGCCGGCUCUCUGUCCAGCCUCUAUGAAACGAGCCCGGCUCCCCAUGCGAGUCUCUGGAGCUCUGUGCCCGUGAGGAGUCCGUCAUUGGCCUCCCCUUCCCGCGCAGCCAGCCAGGGGGCAGUGCCUUCUCUGUCCCUCGGUCCCCACAGCCAGCCCCCCUCUCCCCGGUAUCGCCCCUACACGGUAGCCCACCCCUGGGGGGCUUCAGCCUCUCCCACUCCACGCUCUGCAGGCCUCUCCACACUGUCUAGCUCACCCAGCCUCCCCGCCCUCACUAGUAGCCCUCAAGCAGUGCCAGCCAGCUCCUCCAGAACGAGAGCCGCCAGCACGGGGCCUCCCCUGCUGUCCGCCUCACCCAGUGCCAUGAGCCACCAGCCCUCCCUGAGGAUUUCUCCUAGCGUGUCCGAUAGCCCUUUCUCCUUCCUCCUCUUCGCUCUCUCUGGGGACAGUAGUGACGAAGAUGACGAAGAAGAUGAUGAUGAUGAUGUUGGUGAUGAUGAAGGUGGUGGUGGUGGUGGUGAUGAGUUUUCUUGUGUCCAGUUUGGGUCCAGUUUGGGAGCCUCUGGUGGGACAAGUACGUGGGAUUCCUACAGCGACCAUUUCACCAUUGAGACCUGCAAGGAGACAGACAUGUUGAACUACCUCAUCGAGUGUUUUGACCGAGUCGGAAUAGAGGAGAAAAAAGCACCAAAGAUGUGCAGCCAGCCCGCAGUCAGCCAGCUUCUGAGCAACAUCCGUUCACAGUGCAUAUCCCACACUGCGUUAGUACUACAAGGUUCCCUCACACAGCCAAGGUCCAUGCAGCAGCCGUCCUUCCUGGUGCCGUAUAUGCUGUGUAGGAAUCUUCCCUAUGGUUUCAUUCAAGAACUGGUGAGAACCACUCACCAGGAUGAAGAAGUGUUCAAGCAGAUCUUUAUCCCCAUUUUACAAGGCCUGGCUCUUGCUGCCAAAGAGUGCUCCCUGGACAGCGACUACUUCAAGUACCCGCUGAUGGCUUUAGGGGAGCUCUGUGAAACCAAGUUUGGAAAGACACACCCUGUGUGCAAUUUGGUCGCUUCUUUGCCGCUGUGGUUGCCUAAGUCCUUAAGCCCUGGCUCUGGGCGGGAGCUGCAGAGACUCUCUUAUUUGGGGGCUUUCUUUAGCUUCUCGGUCUUUGCAGAAGAUGAUGCUAAAGUGGUUGAAAAAUAUUUCUCAGGCCCUGCCAUUACCCUAGAAAACACGCGUGUGGUUAGCCAGUCGCUGCAGCAUUACUUGGAGCUGGGAAGGCAAGAACUUUUUAAGACUCUGCAUAGUAUUUUGUUAAAUGGCGAAACCCGCGAGGCUGCUCUCGGCUACAUGGCGGCCGUUGUCAAUGCCAACAUGAAGAAAGCGCAGAUGCAGACAGAUGAUAGAUUGGUGUCAACGGACGGAUUUAUGCUGAAUUUCCUUUGGGUGCUGCAGCAGCUGAGUACGAAGAUCAAGUUAGAGACUGUGGAUCCCACGUACAUCUUCCACCCGAGGUGCAGGGUCAUCCUCCCGCACGACGAGACGCGGGUGAACGCCACGAUGGAGGACGUGAGCGGGUGGCUGGCCGAGCUGUAUGGAGACCAGCCUCCAUUUUCUGAGCCGAAAUUCCCUACGGAAUGCUUCUUCCUCACCCUGCAUGCCCACCACCUCUCUAUUCUGCCAAGUUGCCGUCGCUACAUCCGCAGGCUCCGGGCCAUCCGGGAGCUCAAUAGAACUGUCGAAGAUUUGAAAAAUAAUGAAAGCCAAUGGAAGGAUUCCCCGCUGGCGACUAGACACCGCGAAAUGCUGAAGCGCUGCAAGACACAGCUGAAGAAACUGGUACGAUGCAAGGCCUGUGCUGACGCUGGUUUACUUGACGAGAGCUUCCUCAGAAGAUGUCUGAAUUUCUAUGGCCUUCUCAUUCAGCUGCUGCUCCGCAUCCUGGACCCUGCCUAUCCCGAUGUAACACUGCCUUUAAAUUCAGAUGUCCCCAAGGUAUUUGCAGCAUUGCCUGAGUUUUAUGUAGAAGAUGUUGCUGAAUUUUUAUUUUUUAUUGUACAAUACUCUCCUCAGGUGCUUUAUGAGCCCUGCACUCAGGAUAUUGUGAUGUUCCUCGUUGUGAUGUUGUGCAACCAGAACUACAUCCGAAACCCCUACCUGGUGGCCAAACUGGUCGAGGUCAUGUUCAUGACCAACCCUGCUGUUCAGCCUCGAACCCAGAAGUUUUUUGAAAUGAUCGAAAACCAUCCUCUCUCCACCAAGUUGUUGGUCCCUUCCCUGAUGAAGUUUUAUACAGAUGUCGAGCACACCGGGGCCACCAGCGAGUUCUAUGACAAGUUCACCAUUCGCUACCACAUCAGCACCAUUUUUAAAAGCCUCUGGCAAAACAUAGCUCACCAUGGCACCUUUAUGGAAGAGUUCAACUCUGGGAAGCAGUUUGUUCGAUAUAUAAAUAUGCUAAUAAACGACACGACGUUUUUGCUCGAUGAAAGUCUGGAGUCUCUGAAGAGGAUCCAUGAAGUGCAAGAGGAGAUGAAGAACAAAGAACAGUGGGACCAGCUGCCCCGGGACCAGCAGCAGGCCCGACAGUCUCAGCUUGCUCAGGACGAACGUGUCUCGCGUUCCUACCUGGCCCUGGCCACAGAAACCGUAGACAUGUUCCACAUCCUCACCAAGCAGGUCCAGAAGCCCUUCCUCAGGCCGGAACUCGGACCUCGAUUGGCUGCAAUGCUGAACUUUAAUCUCCAGCAACUCUGUGGCCCCAAGUGCCGUGACCUGAAAGUUGAAAACCCUGAGAAAUACGGCUUUGAACCAAAGAAGCUGUUGGACCAGCUGACAGAUAUUUACUUGCAGCUGGACUGUGCCCGGUUCGCCAAAGCCAUUGCCGAUGACCAGAGAUCUUACAGCAAGGAGUUGUUUGAAGAAGUUAUCUCGAAGAUGCGGAAGGCGGGGAUCAAAUCCACAAUAGCAAUAGAGAAGUUUAAGCUCCUCGCCGAGAAAGUGGAGGAGAUAGUGGCCAAGAACGCACGUGCGGAGAUCGACUACAGUGACGCCCCCGACGAGUUCAGAGACCCUCUGAUGGACACCCUGAUGACCGACCCUGUGCGGCUGCCCUCCGGCACCGUCAUGGACCGCUCCAUCAUUCUGCGGCACUUGCUGAACUCCCCCACCGACCCCUUCAACCGGCAGACGCUGACGGAGAGCAUGCUGGAGCCAGUGCCAGAACUGAAAGAGCAGAUCCACGCCUGGAUGAGAGAGAAGCAGAGCGGCGACCACUGACCCGCCCCGGCCCCUGCUGGACGCGACCCUGGCAGGCGGGCCAGGCAGAGGCAGCGUCGGUGGCAAAGACAGAAAGAAAAAUCUUCAAACGUCAGAGGCCAAAUGCGGCGGAACACCCUGAGAGCCCACCCAGAGCGACCAAACGGGGGUCUGCGCGGACACGGAGUUGACGAGGAACCCGAUCCUGUACAUAUAUUUAAGUGACAGACGUGGUCCGGAGUGGAGGGACGCGCUGUGAUUGCUUGUGUAAUAAACACGUCCUUCCAGUGUCGCGGUUUGGGGCUUUGGCGACGGAGGUCUUUUAGGGAUCGAUGACGAUUGGGUCUGGGCAGCAUCCCCUUCACUUCCCCCCCUAAAUCCAAUAUCCGUUGAUUUGAUUGUGAUUAGAGAACCCUGGACAUUUUGCUGCUAACGAAUCUCCCCCACUCCCCUCCCGACCCGACUUGCACUGCUGUGGAUUUUUUUAAGAGAAGCUAAAACAAAAAUAAACUCCUUUCCCUGGCCCUCCAAACAUAUAUCCUGUGAGAUAACUGUGCCUGCAACAAAGUGUUAAUCCUGGGAUCGUAUUUUUAUAUCAUAUUCACAUAUUUGUUUUUUUAAUUGGUGUUAGAUGACAUGAUUAAUAAAAAAGGCAAAGAUAUUUUCAGAAUUUGAAUUUCAGUUUUUUUUCUUUUGAAAUGUCCCUUCAAAUUUUUUUAUUCUAAACAAAAUGAAGAGAAUCAUUGCUCAGGUCCUUGUUAAUAGUCCCUCUGUUAGAAAUCUAGGGAACAGCUGCAGCAAAGGAAGGGUCUAAGCAUAUCAGGACUUACGUGACUUGCGGUUUGGGGGGGGCGGGCAGGGGAUUGGUUUUUUUAACACUAUGUGACAGUUCAAAAUCUGACGGCGAUCCUGUGAGGGUCCAUGAAUUCCUCAAGUCUUGAGUCUGUGAGUUCGAGCCAGGGCUGAUUUGUCUGAUGCGUCCAAGGGGCUUGGCCUUACCAAAGCAAGAAAAGAGUGCAAGAAAUGAUGUGGAAGCACGUCUGCUGGUUGAAACACACACACACACACACACACAUACACACACACACACCCCUACCCACAUGCCCAUACACAUCCAACAUUUUGUAUUACUGCUACUCAGCAUACUUGAAUUCCUGAAUUUCCUUUGGGGUAAAAAAGGAUUUGAAACCAUAAAGUGUUUUGAAAAAAUUAAGUCUGCAGAAACAUGCUUUCUUUUUCUUUUCCUUUUUUCCCCCCUCCACAGACAAUGCCCUCUGUUCAAUAAAUGCAAUUUAUUGCUACAAUAAAUGGUGAUACACAUUCAG